UCUAGCUGCAAGAUCAGCAAGCGAAAGAAUUAAGACUGAUAUCUAGAAGAUGGCGCUUACACCUUCAGUUUGCUCUAUCAGUGAUGUUCAGGGGCUGCAAAAAGACCGGACCUUCCACCCUAGUCUGUGGGGUGAUUUUUUCCUGACAUACCAGCCGCCAACUGCACCGAAGCAUGCAUACAUGGCAGAAAGGGCUGAAGUGUUAAAGGAAGAAGUUAGGAAGAUGGUGAAGAGUGCAAAUGAAAUACAAAAUAUUUUAGAUCUUAUACUCACACUACAGAGACUUGGAUUAGAUAACCACUACGAGAAUGAGAUCAAUGAGCUUCUGAGCUUUGUUCAUGAUUCUGAUUAUGAUGAUAAAGAUCUGAAUUUAGUCUCGCUGCGAUUUUAUCUUCUACGGAAACAUGGUUAUGAUGUUUCAUCUGAUGUCUUUAAGUGUUUUCAAGAUAAGGAAGGAAAUUUUGUUGUGAAGGAUACAAAAAGUCUCUUGAGCUUAUAUAAUGCAGCACACCUUAGGAUCCAUGGAGAGGAAGUACUUGAUGAAGCCAUUAUAUUCACUAGAGGCAAACUUGAAUCUGUAUUAGAUUCUUUGGAAACAACACUAGCUGAUGAAGUAACUCUUGCUCUCCAAACACCUCUAUUCCGAAGGGUUAGAAUACUGGAAACAAGAAACUAUAUUCCAAUCUAUGAAAAGGAGGUUGCACGAAAUGAAGUCAUAUUAGAGUUUGCGAAACUGAAUUUCAACCUUCUUCAACUUCUAUAUUGUGAGGAGUUGAAAAUGAUCACACUCUGGUGGAAGCAGCUUAAUGUUGAAACAAACUUGAGUUUUAUUCGAGAUAGAAUAGUCGAAAUGCAUUUCUGGAUGACAGGGGCUUGCUCUGAGAAGAAAUAUUCUCUUACACGGACUAUAACUACAAAGAUGACAGCGUAUAUCACCAUAUUAGAUGACAUAAUGGAUACCCACAGUACAACUGAGGAGGCCAUGCUGCUUGCUGAAGCCAUAUACAGAUGCGAAGAGAAUGCAGCCGAACUACUUCCAGAAUAUAUGAAGGAUUUCUACCUAUACUUAUUGAAGACAUUUGAUUCAGUGAAGCAUGAACUGGGACCAAACAGAAGCUUCCGAGUGUUUUAUCUCAAAGAAUUGUUAAAAAUUCUGGUUCGAGGAUACUCUCAAGAGAUAAAAUGGCGUGACGAACAUUAUGUUCCAGAAACAAUUGAUGAACACUUAGAAGUUUCAAAAGCAACUGUCGGAGCUUUUCAAGUGGCAUGUUCUUCAUUUGUUGGGAUGGGUGACAUCAUAACAAAGGAAAUUCUUGACUGGCUUUUGUCAUACCCUAAACUUCUUAAGUCUAUGACAACAUUUGUACGACUAUCCAAUGAUAUUGCAUCAACAAAGCGUGAGCAAACUGGGGGGCACCAUGCUUCAACUGUCCAAUGUUAUAUGAUGCAACAUGGAACAACAAUACAUGAUGCAUGCGAGAAGAUAAAGGAGUUAACUGAAGACACAUGGAAGGAUAUGAUGAAACUCUACCUUACACCAACAGAGCAGCCAAAGGUCAUCAUACAAACAGUUCUUGAUUUUGCAAGGACAGCGGAGUUCAUGUACAAGAAAACAGAUGCAUUCACUUUUUCCCACACAAUCAAAGAUACCAUAGCUUUACUCUUUGUGGAGCCAACAUUAGUCUAGACAUGAACAACUGAUGUUAGGGAUAUGUUUGUCCAUAGACCCUGCUUGUAAAAAGACCAACAUGUUAGGAUUUGAGGACUUGUUUGAAACUGUAAAACUAAAGUAAUAUGGGAGAAAAAUGGCCUUCAUAUA